GCUCAUAGCCCUUCACGAGAGCACGAGCACCCAUCGGGACCUAGAAGCAGCGAGCGGGAGGGGCAUGGCAGCAAUGGGGAAGCGUGCGCGCGAGGAGGCGUGCGCAGCGGGCGAGGCAGCAAUGAAGGCGCUGCAGGAAGUGAGGAGUGAGCUGGCAGCGCUGCAGCGGGAAGUCGCAGCCGUGCGGGAGGAGGCGUUCGUGCAGAGGAGGGACGUGCAGCGGGUGAGGGGCGAGGUGGAGGAGAUGAAGAGAGAGCUGGCGGCGGUGAAGGGGGUGAUUGGCAGCGAGGAGGGUGAGAGCCGCGAGAUGUGGCACCAUACGCAUAGUCUGUGGCAUGCUCCUUACCCACUUUUUUUUCAAAUCUUGCACUGUCAUUCCGCACACUCCCUCUCCACACAUCCCUCUCCGCCCAUCCCUCUCCGCCCAUCCCUCUCCGCCCAUCCCUCUCCACACACUCCCUCUCCGCAGAAGAUCCUGGCAGCAUCGCAGGAGGCGGAGCUAGAGUUGUGCGGGGAGGCAUCGCUGACAGACGCAGUGCUGGCACAUGUGGCCGGCAUGACCCGCCUCUCCACCCUCGACCUCUCCAACUCCUCCGGCUUCACCACCCAGGGCCUUCAGCACCUCUACGCCCUGCCCAGCCUCACCACCCUUGUUCUCUGUGGCACACCAGUGGGUUGGGAAGGCGACGAAACAGUGUCUCUGGAGGGCAUUGGCGCAGCGAGCAGUCUCGAGACGCUUGUAUUGGACAACACGAGUGUGUGCGACGGCGAUCUGGAGCCCCUCACUGCGCUCACCUCACUCACUAACCUCUCCCUGGGCAACUGCCACAACCUCACCCCGGCUCUCCUGGUCCAUGUGGGCCGGCUGACUGGACUGGAAGAUCUAUCUUUGAGCGGUUGUGACAUGGGAGAUGAUGUGCUGCCACAGCUGACCUGCCUGCCGCGCCUCUCCAUGCUCGCCAUUCCCCAUGGGGUCACAGAUGCUGGCCUGCAGCACUUAGCCGCACUACCGGCGCUCCUGCAGCUGUCGCUGUGUGGCUGCCAGGAAGUCACCUCUGCUGGCAUGCUGCAUACCCAUCUCGUGCUUCCUCUACUCCCCCUGCUGCUGCUCACCUGCUACUGCCCGCGCUGCACGCUGGUGGCGGCGCGCCGAAUACAAACAGCAGACUUCAAGGUGUUAUCGGCGGUGCUGGCGGCGUGGGGCCCCUUUGAGGACGGCAAGUCGUGGUCGCCCAACAGCGACUGCUCCACGGUGCAGGGCGUCACAUGCGAUCCCGAUGGCUACGUUGUUUCCCUGGCCACGUCGGGCAAUGCAUUUUGGAAGCCCAUUCCGGACGUUGUCAGUGGGCUGCAGCACCUCACUUACCUGGCCAUCACGUCGAGUCAUCUGGUGGGGUCGCUGCCAACAGCCAUCUUCAACCUGCCACUGCUGCGCGGCAUCAAGCUGACAGUGAAUCAUCUCAACGGCUCCAUACCGGAUGACAUCAGCAAGCUCACAGCCCUCACCUACCUGUACCUGGCACAGAACCGCCUGACUGGGUCGCUGCCCGAGUCUCUGUCGCACCUCACCCAGCUCGUCUCAGUGAACCUUGGCAUGAACGGGUUCACGGGGAGCAUCCCGUCGGCCUUGAGCACCAUGUCAAACCUCGACCUCCUCAACCUGCACAAUAACUACUUUGAAGGCGCCAUUCCUGAUUGGCUCUCCACAAUCCCAAGCCUGAUGAGCAUCGACAUGCAGCAAAAUGCAUUCAACGGCACCAUUCCUGCCUCUCUCAGUCGCAUGACGCAACUCACCAAGCUCAGCCUAGCGGUGAACUUCAUUGAAGGGUCGAUUCCGGGAGAACUAGGCAACCUGCUGAACUUGCAGACGCUCAUUCUUGAGACCAACUAUCUGAGCGGCACCAUCCCCGCCUCUCUGGGGGCUCUCACGAAUCUCCUUGACUUGAACCACCUCUCUGGCGAUGUGUACGGCAUCACAAGCAACAUGACCAGGCUGGUCACGCUCGACGUGUCAAGCAACCAGUUCACGGGGCGGCUGCCAUCGCCCCCAUCGCCCUAUCUGCAGUUCUACUACGCCCACCGCAACUACUUCUCCUAUGGUGCCGUCAUACCCCCCAAGGCCAACCGCACCUUCUUUGGCAACGCGUUUGAGAACUGCCUGCUCAACGCCUCCCGGAUUCCUGGAGAUUACCCCGAGCAGAGGAGUGCAGAGGAGUGCGCUGCGUUCUGUGGGCUUGCUGCUGGGGACACCAAGCCCCUGUGCAGCGGGCACGGCGUGUGCUCCUUCAAUGCAUCUGUUCAGGAAUCAACGUGCACCUGCGAUAGCAACUUUGACAACCAGGCGGGACCCCACUCGUGCUCCUACAGCGUCCUCCCUUCAACCGAGUCAUCACAGACAACACCAGUGGCCGUGGCAGGAGCAGCAGCGCAGCUGUUCAACGGCACCAUCAUCCUCACGCCGCCCACCAGCAACACCUCAGGAGCAGCGGCAGUACAGGCGCCCAUCCGCCUCUUCCAUUUCAUCGACAGCCCUGGCCCCUGCGGCACGCCCUUUGCCUUCAACGCCUCAUUCAGUUUCGCCAUGAAGCCUGCAGCAGCCCAGGACAUGGGGGGCGAUGGGGUGGCGUUUGUUGUCAGUGCGGCCGCACCGCAGGGCGCUGGUGCAGCGGGGGUGGGGCUGGGAGGGGUGGGGAAGCGGAGUGUGGCGGUGGAGUUUGACUCGAUGUUGAGUGUGAAGCACAGCGACCCCAACGACAACCACGUGGGCGUCAAUGUGGGCGGCUCACCUGUGUCCCUCGCCUCUGCCACGGCCCCUCUCAUCCUCAACGACGCCCACACCAAGCAUGCCUGGAUCCACUACGACCCCACCAGCGGCGGCACCCUCCGAGUCUUCCUCUCCUCCGACCCCGACCAGCCCCCCACCCCCAUCUUGCGCGCUCGAGUGUCGCUCUGCUCCAUCCUGCAGCCCACUGCAGCAGAGACCAACUUCUUCUUUGGCUUUGCCGCCUCGACAACGGAUAAGGCCCAAGAGAAUGUCAUCUUGAAGUGGGAGGUCGUGACAGGUUUGCCUCCUCGACUUCCUCCCAACCCGCAAGACCUGGCGUUGGGGUUUGUGUUGGACGAGGACUCCUACUCACCACAGGGCUUCAACUCCUUCUUCCACUAUGCCAGCUCGGGAUUCGAGCCCGCACAGGAGAACAGCCCCUCCUGGAAUGUCAAGUCGUACUCCAUCUGGCGCUUAUCUGAGUCCAUCUGGCCUGUCAAGAACCAAAGGGGCUGCGCGGACUCAUGGGCAUACGCAGUGGUGGCAGCGGUGGAGGCAGCCUACAGCAUCGCCAGCAACUGGACUCAGCCGCCCAUCCUCUCAGUGGAGCAUCUGCGCCUCGCCCUCUCCUCCAGCUGCGACGGUGGCUCGCCCACCAAGGCUCUGCAGUUCCUCCUCAACGCCAGUGCACAGGGCAAGGGGCUGCUGGAGGAGACCACAUAUGCUGCUUCCACCAAGGCAAUACGCUCUCUCGGACGCAAAGCAGCUGCAAAGCCCGUCAUCAAGUACUACGGCAUCCGGGGCAUCGAGCGCACGGGGUUCUACGGGUGGUUUGGGCUCAUGCUGGCAGUGCAGCGCCAGCCUGUCAUUGUGCACAUCGAGGCGUCCGCACCCUCCUUCCAAGACUACGAUGGGAGCGACGUGUACGCUGACGAGGGUUGCUUCACGGAGCAUGUGAACCACGUGGUGCUGGUGGUGGGCUAUCUCGUGGCUGGCACCGAAUCUGCAAAGCCCGACCUGCCCCCGCCCUUCUGGAUCAUCCGCAACUCAUGGGGCUCAGGGUGGGGCGACCAGGGCCACAUGCGCAUGGACAUUCGCAGUGGCGACGGCAUCUGCGGCAUCAACACUCUCCCGGGUCUCGUCCCAAUCGUGAGAAAUCCUGCCGACCCCUGUGGGCAGCAAUCCUACAAGCACGGCGAUCUAAACCCCGUAUUCAACCCGUGUGGCCAGUUCAGCUGCAUCAAGAAGAAAACCAGCAAUCGCUGCACCUGCUCCGAUGCCCGCUUCGCUGAAGUCAAGAACACCGAUGGGUCGUACACCUGUGCCUAUGUGGACGUGUGUGGGUCCAGCAGUCGCAACCCGUGUGUGGUGGGCACGUGUGUGAACGAUGGCAAGGGCAGCUACUCCUGUGUGUGUCCCAGGGGCUUCAUCCAAGGCACCAUGAUCGGUGGAGGCUUCUCCUGCACUCCUGGUCAGACGCAGGGCACGUACACGGUGGUAGCAGGCAAUGUCAUGUGCUCGCACAUCUCAGCUGUCUUCAGUAUGCCAACUGCAGACCUUUUGAAGCAGGGAGUGUCAUGCGCCAAGCCUCUGCCCAUCGGCAAGACGCUCUCAGUGGUGUUCAACAUCAAGGACUGCAGUGUCUUCUACAGCACCAAUGCUGGUGACACGUGCACGGGGGUGGCGCGGCAGGUGGAGCUGUGUGGGGUGGCGGCGUCGAAUGCGGCGUGUGAGGCAGCAUUUCAGGCGCUCAACCCCGCUGUCAACUGCUCCUCCCUCAGGCCCUCCCAGGCCGUGUGCAUCGAGAGGGACCCCGCCAAGGCCAACCGCAUUCCGGUGUGUGCGCAGUACUACAGGCCGCGGGCAAACGACACGUGUGAGAGCAUUAUGGACUCGGCGGCCCCUCCUCUGGGUGCCAUGGAGCUGUACCGCCUCAACCCUGGCAUCAACUGCAACCAGCUCAUCCCAGCAAAGGACCACAGCUUCCAAUGGCCCCUUGAGCGUGAGAUUUGCACCAAGAGUGCAACGUCAUUUGCGAUUGGGAGCUGUCCAACAGACAACCAGUACUACUUUAUGCCCACUGACACCUGCACUAGUGUCCACGUCCAGCAUUUCCAUGGCAUCAAGGGGUGCUACCGGAAAAUCAAUGGGUACGAAUGUGUAGACAAGAUGACACCAGGAACAAAGGUCUGCCUGCCGAACUACAAUAGUGCUCGGAUUGGAGAAUGUGUAUAUUGA